CUCCGUAUAUUUAUUAAUGACAGACAGACAGAUUGGGCCAAGUGGCUAAAGAUAGCCCAGUUUUUAUACAAAAUUAAACAGUUGUUGGCUACAGGAAAGGCACCAUUCGAGGUAACAAGAUUGUACCUCCCCAGAAUGGGUGUAGAACCUGGAAAAAGCAAGAACAAGGCUACUGGGAACAUGGCCAAAGACAUGAAGUCUGUCUUGGACGAAAUGGGCAAAGCGCUAUUUAAAACUGCAGAGCAGAUGAAAGACAGGGCAGAGCGUAGAUGCUCUAAAGCCCCUGAUUACAAGGUCGGCAACCUGGUCUGGUUAGAUACCGACCACUUAAAGUUAAAAGAUUGGCAGUCUAGAAAACUGACCAAAAAGUGGAUUGGUCCUUACCGGAUUAAGGAA